CUUUGGCUCAUGAUCCAUUUGGUGUACGUAGGUUAUUGUUCUUUGUUAAUUCUCUUCAAAGCGUAAAGACUGGACAAUGCUUCUCGAAAUACAGAUUGCUGUUAGUUUUCUAACGUCCUAUUUAUACAACAAGCUUCCCAGACGUAGAGUUGAUCUAUUCAGCGUUGAAUUGACGAAGCAAUUGAGAGAAAAAUUCGAAGGUCAUUGGUAUCCCGAACGACCUAUGAAGGGAAGUGGCUUUCGCUGUUUGUCAAUCGGAGAUGAACUGGACCCUGUGAUUAUGAACGCUUCUCAAGACAGUGGACUUAAUCUAGAAGAGAUACGAAGUAGUUUACCUGACAAACUAACGAUGUGGGUUGAUCCAGACGAGGUUUCCUAUCGUAUAGAAGAGGAAUUAGUCGUGAAAGUUAUCUAUCAAAAAGACAAAUACGGCGAAACAGGCAAUCUAGCCGAAUUGGAAGCGUUGAGCAAUGGACAAUUAUACAACCACAGUAUGUCUAGUCCAACGCGAAAUAGUCAAUAUGCUGAAAUCCAAACAUCCUCUUCGAAGAUUUCCCCGCAACAAAUAUCACCAUUAUCCAUGUUGGCCAAUCCACAUUACACACUCUGGGGUUCUCAUAAAAGCAAUGGCGAUACUCCUGUUCAUAGUCGCUUGUCCCCCAACGCCGAAGAAUUUCGGUAUCCCAUCAGCAAGAAUCCUUUAUCGACGACGAAUGGUCUAUAUUGCUCGGAUGUAACUGGCUAUAGUGAUAUUUCUCGUUAUACGUGGUCAAAUUCAUCGGAUACUCUUGAUCUAAAACAAGGCUACUCUUUUAAAGCUGCUUACACGAGUUUGUUUGAUAACUCGAACACGUACAAGCGCAAUUACAAUCCUUCGCAACUCGAAGUUAUGGCCUAACUUCGCGUCGAUGGUCAAACAAAAUGUAAACGAGACUCCUGUUGGGACGCUAAGACUACAAUUGGAUCAGAUAUAUUAAAAUAUACUUUAGUUUUGUACGUAUUUUCAUUAUUGGGUAGCAACGUUGCGUGGCUUUAUCCCCUUUUAAGGAAGAUUUGAAAUUUGUUGUUUGAAAUUUAUUUACCUGUACAGAUUGUUUUAAAUGUACAUAUUUUCUUAUUCACAUUCAUUUGUUCAUUUGUAAGAUAGGAUUUUCAAAUUUUAGAGAAUUCAGUUUGACCGGGACGACGAUUGUGUCUCGAUAUUGUUAAAGAUGUUGUGUAACUAGUUUAAAGGACAAAUAUCAAAGCUGCAUUAAAAUUGACAUUAUUCGUGA